AUGCGUUUCUUACCCCUUCUUGCAGCAGCUCUGCCGAUCGGCGGCUCUCUUGCCGCCGCCGUGGGCAUUCAAGAUGCUGGCGAAGUGCCAGACGUCAACGCUUCGCUCGACAAGAGGUACUCAACCUCGCCCAAGUGCAACGUUGCCGGCUACAGUGAAGAACACUACACGCCUUUCCAAGUCAUCAAGCAGAGCAAGUGCAGUCCUCAACAGUGUUCCAGCUAUUGCAGGCAGAAGUCGAAGUGCCAAAGCUUCGCGGAUUCCGAUGCUGCCGUUUUGACACUCGACUCAGCAUGCCGACUGGUGCGUGAAGUGGGUGGCAACAUCGCCAAUGUGUAUCUCCCCAAGUGGCCAAAGUCCCGUCAUAGGGCGAGGAUCAUCAAACAACUGCGGGUAGUCCUCCGGCUAUGGUAG